AUGCCGCGACCGAAGAACAACCGUGCCUAUUGGACUGACGCUAGAAGUGGCUCAACCGCCGAUCGAAGUAAUGUACCGCCAACAGUCGAUAGACCUGCCCAAGGUGGAGCUAACAUCAUUCGACGGGAACCUCAGAAACUAUUGGAUAUUCAUUGGGAGUUUGAUUAUUUCUUCGAGUGUCGAGUCGUCGAUCCAGGGCAGAAGUUCCUGUACCUAAAGCCUUAUUGCCGCGGGAAGGCCCGGGACGCAACUGAAGAAUGUGUAAUGCUACGAAGCUAA